AUGAGUUUAGAACUAACUGGCCUUCAUAAAGAGGUUAUCUCAGGGCUUACGGCAGGGACCGUCACAACUGUCGUCACCCACCCACUUGACCUAAUAAAAGUACGAUUGCAGCUACUAGCGAUGACAAAACCAUCCGAAGGGUACAGAGAAGUCCUCAAAUACAUAGCCCAAGAUUCACGAAAUAGCUCUGGAUUUUUACGAGAAGCAUACAGAGGCCUGGGGGUAAAUCUAAUAGGUAACUCAAUCGCAUGGGGACUAUAUUUUGGGUUGUACAGAUACUCGAAAGAUAUUGUAUUCAGAUUAUGGGCAGACGAGAGCUUAUAUUCUACGAAUUCUUUUCAAAAUGAUAAACAAAUGGGUGCAUUACUUUACAUGACAUCUGCAGGUAUAAGUGGAUUAACUACUACUAUUCUUACCAACCCCAUUUGGGUAGUUAAGACCCGAAUUAUGUCUACCAGCGUAGGUGCGCGCGGCAGUUAUCGUUCCACCUGGGAUGGGAUUAAAAAACUCUACAAAUCAGAUGGUGUGAAAGGCUUUUGGAAGGGAAUGAUACCGUCACUGUUUGGUGUGACUCAAGGUGCUCUCUAUUUUGCUGUAUAUGAUUCACUGAAACAUCAAUAUUUUGCUGCAAAGCAUAUUGACGCUGAACAAAAACUCGGUAACCUUGAGACAAUCACUAUCACCUCACUGAGUAAAAUGAUCUCUGUAACUGCAGUGUAUCCCUUUCAAUUAUUAAAGGCCAAUCUGCAAAGCUUCGAGGCAAGUGUUGAUCACAACUCGUAUAGGUUGUGGAGUGUAAUACACUCGAUAUACUCGAAAGAAGGAGUAAAAGGAUUAUAUAAGGGCCUCUCAGCUAAUCUUCUCCGGGCAAUUCCCUCAACUUGCAUUACCUUCUGCAUAUACGAGAACCUGCGACAUAGUCUUUGA